UGUAUCUCCUGCUUUCUGCUGGGUCAGCUUCAGCAGGAACAGAGGGAGACCCGCAGCUUUAAACUGCUUUAACAUAAAUCAAUGGCUCAUUCCAGGUAAAUCUCAAUCUGACGUCCGGUCCUGAGCAGGUGUUAGGGUUGCCCCCUAGCGGCUGGAGAUCAGCUGGAAUCUUUUGCUUUACAAUGCCGCUAUUUUCAUCAUUAUUAACCAUUUUCUGCAUCCUUUAUUUGAUUGGUUGCACGAUUCCACCCACGUAGCCUGUUUUCUUUUAAGGAAUGCUCCGUGGCUUUUAAUUACGGCUAAUUAAAAUACAUCCUGAACAAAUCGACACUUUUAAAGUCCAGUUCUUUAAGGUUUGUUGGAGACGACGGAUUUCAUAUUCAAGCCUUGAUCUUUGAAGUUGUGUGAGGAGCUGAUGAAAGCCCUUGGUUGUGGCGUUUGAAGUGCGCACAGCAGCUGGCUUUGUGUUCGCGGGGCUCCUCCCGUUUCUGUGAUGAAGUUCGGAUGCGCGUCACCAAAGCAGCGCGCACAGCUGAGGAGCUUCCCCGACGCCACGCCACGGCACGAGAGAUGGGGAGAUGCGUGGAUCACGAUCACGGGAGGCUUCGAAUGUGACAUUGCCCGUCGUUUGUACUUCCACAGAACGCUGUGCCACCCUUUGUGUGAGCACUGACCGAGCUGAUCUAGAUUCAGAAGACCCAGCAGCAUCUAUCCACCCCCCCUCCCCGACCCCCCCUUUUCUACAAAGCUUCCUUGGCUGCGUGGACCGUGAAAAACCUCUCGGAUCGGUUUUAGUUUUACUCCAACAUACCGUGCGUGCGUUUUGAAAACAAAAUUGGAUCCGGGAAAUGUUGGCAUGGCCGCCUCGGGAGCUCAUAAGUGUCCGAAGAGUGAGAAGUUGGACGAGGCGCAGGCUCUGGCCAAGAGCUGCGCGGGGAGACCAGACUUCCUGCCGUGUGAUGGACUCUCCAUCUGCGCGACGCACAGCCACGGGAAGUGCUUCAAGCUGCACUGGUGCUGCCACUUGGGCUGGUGUCACUGUAAAUACGUGUACCAGCCCAUGACCAAUGUGUGCCAGCUGCCCAGCACAGCUGUGCCGCCCGUCGGUUCAGAGUGCAGCGACACCAUGGACCUCUCCGUCUCUCUGGCCGAGCGCUUCCUGAAGCUGGCGCCCAGCUUCCAGUCUCCGCCUCACCUGGAGUCUCCCAAGUACUGCGUCAUCGCGGAUCUGUUUGUGGACGACUACAUUGUCAAAAGGAUCAAUGGGAAGAUGUGCUACGUGCAGCGGCCCCUGCCUCCCUUACCGGAACCGCCUCGACCUCCCUCCCCUCAGCCGCCCGCUCCAGCUACACCUCAAAUGCCUCCUAAUCCCAGUCCGCCCGAGCAGCCAGUGAGCCCGAAGCGGCAGGCUCCUGCUCCGCCGGUCCCACAGCCGUACAGCGAACAGAAACACCUCUCCACUGUCGAGAAACUAAAAGGCCCUAAAAUGGACCACUGCUCGUCCCCGUCCAGCUCCGAGGACUCCGGUAUCAACGCGCUGGGCCUCCACUACCUGGAGUCCUGCGAGGAGGGAAGUGAGGACGAGGAGGACGAGUUGAGCACAGAUGGAAACUCGAGCCCUGGUAGCCUCUGGGACCAAGACGACUGUUCUCUUCUCUCCCCCUCCAAGUCAAUGAUAGAGAUCAUCGAAAAGAUUGAAACAACUGUCUAACUGACAUACAGAAACCACUCGUGAAGAGGACCAACGGAGCGGUGUCCAACAGAGAACAGCACUCCGGGAUUUCAUUUUCCACAGACUCACAGGGAGCAAACCUCAAUCUAGUGGUUCUGUAGGGUAUUUGCAAGGACGCUUCAGGCUGAAUUUCUUCUCCUGCAUGUGGCUGAAGACUAUACAGCCACAAAUUUCACAGAACCUCUUUACUGCCCAAUCCCCCUGCAUGGAGUUCAUUUCUGAGACUUAUUGGAAUCAAGGAGGAAGCACAAAAAUCUCAAGGAUGUGAACAGUGGACAGAAAUUCAAGAGUAGAGUAGAAACACGUCAAAACAGACACAAAAGAUAUAAACGAUAGGGUUUUUUUUGUGAUUUUCUUGUGUAGGUAAGUUACGGGAGCUACAUUAUGUAGGAACAAAUUUGUUCUCUGACAACAACGAACAGUGAGGUAACUCUUGGUGUUCUCCAAUUGUCAGUCUUCAGUCUCAUUCAACCUCCAUGUUAUCUCUUAUUCACUGGUAAGCGACUCCACCCACACACACGCUACUAAUUCUGACAUUUUAGCAUAAUGAUUGCGAGGCCGGCUACCUCUCAUGGGCCUCAACUACAUCAGCCUUUUAACUCGUUAAAGACUCGCCUCCAAGCUGCCCAGACGCUGCCUGCUUCUGUCGCAUUACGGAAAAAAAUAAAAAAGCUUUCAGAGGUCACAAUUCAUCCGCACUUUACCGACGCCAUCACAGGCGGCAGGAAGGUCGGGAUCUGACAAUCAAGAAUUACACAGAAGCACAUUGCUACACGGUAGCUGCCACUAAAGACCACUUCUACGACUAAUUACCACACAUUACUAUGUUCUUCUGACCACCUUUGUUUGAUCAAACGUAUCUAAACUGUAGAUCACAGGUCAGAUUUUUAGAAGUGGGGUUCUGUGGAGAGCGAUUGAGUAGUCGGUGUGCUACACUUACCGGUAGGUGGGCAAUAAUAAAUACAGCUCACUAAAGAAAACAAUAUGAUUAUAGGUUCAUGAAGACAAGACAAGAAGAGAUUUUAACUGGAUUUUGGGGAAACAAAGAAUGACCCAUGUUUCUGUUUUCACAUAUAAUGUAAAGGUUUUACAAACCACAAAGAAUCUUAUCUGUAUGGGAUAUUCUACUCCAGGUUAUUCUGGUUGAUAUAUUAUGGUUUCCAUACAUGUCUAAAUUUAAGGGGGUCCUAAUUCACAUAGAAACAUUCAAAAUGUGAUACAAUGCACACAAGCAGAGUUAAGGUUUUCUAUGUUUCAGACUGUGCUUUUUAGAAUCUCUCUACAGUGAAAAACCACCCAUUUCAAGCUUGAUCAAUCUAUCCAUUUUACAUUUUUGAAUUAACAUACAGCAGUACAGAAUAGGAUCCAUAAUAUAUAAUAACAUAUAGAAUAAUAAAAUAUAGGAACAGAAAUUAUGAAAGAGUCCAGAGUCAUUUAAAAAACAUUGUUUUCCUUUACUUUAGCAUUAACAGGAAGCUGCAAAGCGGACAGUAAUGUUUGCAUCGCUAGUAACUGUUAGCUAUACGUGUAUUCCUAUAAUGCUUACAAACUAUUCAUAAUUUAUCUGUCACUCUUCCAACUUUUCUGCUGAGUAGCUAAAAUCCUGAUAGUUAAGAACUUUAAAAGUGGUGGAGGUUUUUCAGUGCUGUGGUUUACCAACCCGACGGCGUCUGCAUUAGCUAACUUUGUCAGCAGAACAGUGCAACAGCUCAAUAACUACUUCCUCAUACUUCAAAAUAAGUCUUAAGUAUAUAAAAAGAACAGGGUACUAAGAUUAAAUGCUCACCAUUUCGUUCAGUGCUCAGAAUAAUAGCUUACAUUUAUUUUGACAGAUAGUCACAAGCUGGCAGCAGCUGGAUAGCAGUUUACAACACAGGCUUGGAUUUGAUGAGUAAUAUUGUGACAUUUUAUUGUCUUGAGAUCUGGCGCCAGAAGAUCUUAUUACACCACUGCUUAACAGAGGUAGAUUUCUGUCUUUAGAUGUCAGAAACUCACUUUGGUUUGGGCCCUAAACUGAGGUGUGGAAAGCCAAUUAGCAAUAUCUAAGUAUGUAGUUUUUAAAAACGUGUACUUUUUUCCAUCUGUUAUGCAGUUUAAUAUAUUUUUUAUAUGAGAAAUAGUACCAGAAUGACCCUAGUUUUUUUUUAAAAUAAAUUAAGUAUCGAGUAGUGGAUUAAUGCCACCCUCCCAAACAUUGCUGUGCACUGCUAUUCAGCUGGCUGCCUUUUUUCCCUCUCACAAGCUUUUAGCAGGAUGUAUGUUAACAACACAUUUCUUUGUUGUUGCUUAGAUUGAUAAAUCACAAUCACAAUAUUUUAACUGAAAUAAUCAAUCUAUCCAUUCAUCCAUCCCACCAUCAUUUAUACCCACUUAUUCAUUUAGGGCUUUUUGGGAGGUUGGUGUCUUUCUCCAGCGGUCAUGAUCUAAAUAAACAUAAAUAAUGUUAUUUAGGUAAGUCUAUAUAUUUUUAUCCGCUUUAUUUAAUCUAAAUAGCAUUUUUGCUCAAGGGUAUUGUACCAUGAGAGUGUAUGCAGAGAACUAAUUUCUCUUCCUGCAGACUGAGCUCGAUCAGGUAGUCAUCUACUGCAAGCAGAAUACUGACUGCUCACAACAACUCCACAGAACCCCAGUUCAAAUAAUUUGAACCAUCCUGUUAAAAUAGAAUCAUAUACAGAUCUUUAUAAAGAGCCAGAUAUUAAAAUUGCUUCAACAUAUCUCUGGCACAGCAAACGUAGGAGAAUGCUAAAGACUAUUAAGAUACAUGAUAUUGGCUCAAUUUGCCUAACGUAUUCUUUUAAAUCAAUAUUAUAACAUGACCGCAUAUUCAUUGGCUUUAGGUGCUAUUAAUGCAUCUAUUAUGAUGAAUCGAAGGAGUAGGCAGGGAAAGAAGUAGAUUAGAAUAGUUUGUCAAAGUUAGUUUGUACUAUUGGACAGAAAUAAUCACUUAUUGCACCUUUAGAGGGAUAUUACAAUGUGAGAUGGGAUGUUGCAUAGGUGUUGUGAUGUGGUUGAUAUAACAAGACGUGAGCCAGCCUUUUUAUUAGUUGGUUAAAUUAAGCGGGCUGGAUUUUUUUUCUUCCAUUUCUCUCUUCCUUUUCCUUUUGUUCUUUUGUUUUUACAGUUCAUUUGUCAAAAGCUAUCAGCAAAAAUUACCAAAAUCUUCACAAGUGUUGCUGAAUUUCCUUAAGCACAGAAAGAAGUCAUUUUGCAUGACUGCAUUUGUUCUAGCAAAUAUAUAUCUAUAUAUAGUUUAACAAAUUUUGUGAUUCUGUGUGAAAAAGAUAAGACGACUCCUAAAUCAGGGUGACAUCUCGUGGAGCAGAAUCCUUAUUAAUGCAGUUCAAAAUGUAUGUUACGUUCUUAUUAUUGUUAUAUUAUUUUCCUAUGAAUAAAUCUUAUGAAACUGA